AUGGCUUUGGCGGCCCCGGCUUCGUGGGUUCACUCAGCGAGCGCUGCGCCUUUCGCUGCUUCAACUGGAAGCAGGAGCACGAAGUCGGACACCAGCGGCCCAUCGACCAGCAAAGCGACCCUCGCCGCAGUGCUUGGUCUGGCAGCAGUCGGACGCCGAGCGAAGGUUGUUGCACGAUCCGCGGCAUCCACCGCAGAGCUCCGUGAAGCCGCCAAGAAGAACCUCUUGAACAACUAUGGGGAGAGGCAACUGGCGUUCACGUCCGGUCAGGGCCACAUCCUCAAGGAUCCCGAAGGAGAAGAGUACCUGGACUUCACGGCGGGGAUCGCCGUCAACUGCCUGGGUCAUAGCGACGAGGGCUGGGCCCAGGUGGUCGCCAAGAACGCCUCGAAGCUCUGCCAUACCUCCAACCUUUAUUUGAACGAAGACCAGGUGAGGCUGGGAGAAACUUUGGUGGAGAUUUCCUUCGCCGACAAGGCCUUCUUCUGCAACUCCGGUACAGAGGCAAACGAGGCGGCAAUCAAGUUUUCUCGCAAGUUUCACUUCGCGAAGGGUGCACCGCGAGAAAAGUUUAUCGCUUUCGAGAAUGCAUUCCACGGCCGCACGAUGGGAGCCCUCUCGCUGACAUGGAAGGAAGGGUACAAGACCCCGUUCCAGCCGGUGAUGCCCUCUGCAUCCUUCCUGAAGUUCAAUGAAGUCGAGGGGCUGGAGGCCAUCGACGAGACUACCUGCGCCGUGUUUGUGGAGCCCAUUCAGGGAGAGGGUGGCGUGGUUCCUGGAACUGUCGAGUUCAUGACGGCUCUGCGAAAGCGCUGCGACGAGGUGGGAGCGCUGCUGGUUUUUGACGAGGUGCAGUGUGGGCUCGGCCGGAGCGGCAAGCUUUUCGCCUACGAGCUGUCAGGCGUGAAGCCUGACAUGAUGACCCUGGCAAAGCCGCUUGCAGGUGGCUUGCCCAUUGGCGCUGUGCUGCUGACGGAGGAAGUGGCGGCCUGCAUCAAUCCAGGCGAUCAUGGAAGCACCUUCGCAGGCGCUCCGCUUGUCUGCUCGGCGGCCCGCUACGUGGUGGGCCGAGUGGCCCAGGAGAGCUUUCUGAAGAAUGUUGAGGAGACAGGCGCCCGACUCAAAGCCGGCCUUGAGAAGCUGGCCGAACCGCAUGGCCUUGCUGUUCGCGGCACCGGGCUUCUUCUGGGCAUCGUGUUCGACUCCGCUGAGACCUGUGGUGCCGUGCAGAAGAAGGCCGCCGAAGAGAAACUCCUGGUGCUCACUGCGGGCGCAGGCAACGUGCUUCGCAUCGCCCCCGCACUUACGGUCGGACCCCAGGACGUUGAUGAUGCCCUGGGACGCCUCGAGAAGGCCUUCGAUGCCGUUUACGCAACGGCGGUGAUGAAUGUGGUGGACACCUCAAGUCACUACGCCUCCGGCCUUUCCGAGCGUCUCGUGGGCCGUGUACUUCGUGAGGCUGAAGAGUCGAAGGAACUCAGCCGAGAGGAGGUCGUCGUUUGCACGAAGGUGGGCCAUGUGAGUAAAGGCCAAGAUCCUCCGAAGGGAGCUGUUCCUGUUGGGGCCCACAAAGGCGAGGGUGGCUCCCAGGACGACUGGCACUGCAUUUCGCCUGCUUUCGUCUCCGAGGAGGUCCGAGCCUGCAAGGAGCGGCUUGGCACGAGCCCGGACUUCGUGCUGCUACACAAUCCGGAGUAUCUGCUAGCGGCCCGACUUCAGCAGCAAGCGCCCAUUGCGGACGCCUGGGACGAGAUGUACCAGGCACUUUUCGAGUCCUUCAAGGCUUUGGAAGCGCUGUGCAGCGAGGGCACCAUUGCCGGUGGCUACGGGGUCAGCAGCAACUUCCUCUCCUGCUUGUUUUCGGUGACUGGGCGGGCCAAUUUCUACGAAGCUCUUGUCUUGGAUCGGGUGGCAGAUGCAGCAGCGGCGGCAGCGGCGGAUGUGGGAGUGGACUGCCAUUUCAAGCUGGCUCAGCUGCCUUUGAACGCUUUCGAGGGCGGAGCCGUGCUUGGUCGAGGCAAAGCUGUAGAGGUAGAGCGAGACUGCGAUUUGGCCAAGCGGCUUGGGAUUUCUCUCGUGACGAACCGGCCGUUGAAUGCCUUGCCGAUGCCCGGAGUUUCUACUGGCGACUGGGGCCGUGGGGGCGCCUCGCAUCUCCAGCUGCGAGAGGCGAAGCCGAUGGGCACAAUGGCAUCGCUCCUGAAGCGUGUCCUGCGUGAAUCUGCAAAUCUGCCGGAGGCGCCAUUGCAACAGAUUGCACUUCGCUUGGCGCUGUCAGCACCUGGUGUCGCCUGCACUCUGAACGGCGUACGCCAGCCAGCAUACGUCGAAGAUGCCGCGCAGGUCUUGCAACUGGAGCCGAUCAGCCAUCAAGAUGUGGAGAAGGCCUUGUUGGCCGUGCGGUCUUUGGCCGAAGAGCUCGGCUGCGACACGAAGCAGCUGUGGAUCUCGAAACGUAAGGAGAGAAUUCAUCCGCUCGACGCUGCGCGACGUGUCGGACAGGCCUUGUUCGCCGCACUCCGCGAGAUGGCACCCGGCCUGGGUUUUCAAGAGUUGAAGACUUGGUCCGUCGAGAACCGAGGUGACCGCGCAACCAGCUGUUUGGCUUUGCGCGCUCCGCCUGCUGGUGGUGAAAUGUCUGGUGCAGAGGAUGUGGUGACGCAAGUGCUGGACAAGCACUUCACGGCUGAGGCGCCGCUUCUCACCCCCGGGCGGCGUGCAGCGCUGCACAGACACUGGGGCGAUCCGGAGACUCGUCGCGGGCCUGCGGACGCGCAUGCCUUGCUGUUCCCUUCAGCAGCGGAGCAGGCCGAGUAUCCUCUGGAGCUUUUUCUCGAAGAUCUUUCAGUCGGCCGCGAUGCUGCAACCGAGGUGUUGCUGUCUUUGGCGGACGCCGAGGAGUUCCUGCGACAGAACCAAUAG